CGACAACAAUUUCUGGGUUUCUUCGGAUCAUUCGUGGCAUCAUUUCAAUAGCAUUCAUUCUUCCAGCGUCGACGCUAUGAAUAACUACUUUGGGCAACCUCUCUGGACUGACAACGAUCUUGGCCGCCGCGACGACUUUCAAAGUUCUACAAGCAUUGCCACUGCCACGCCGACUCCCACCGGAAACAAUCUCAGAUGGAGCACCGAGUCGAAGAAUUAUACAUUCACGGUCUAUCAUGGCACAGCAAAUUUCGCCAUGCAAUUCCUUGCAUCGAACAUCUUGACUACGGCUGCCCUAAUAAGUGGCUUGAUCCUUGGGCUUUGCGGUCUCAACAUGACACUUCUACAACUUCGAGCAUCAACGGGCACGCCUAAAGAGAGAAAGCAUGCUCGUGCGGUAAUCAAGCUGAAGAAACACGAAACUUGGAUGCUUUGCUCCCUGAUUAUUGUCUCCGUUGGUCUGGGCGAGUCGUUUCCAUUUCUGGUCCAGGCUAUAUAUCCUGGUGGUAAAAUGUGGGUUUCCAUCUUGGUGUCAACCCUCUGUAUUGCAAUCGUCGGCGAGAUCCUUCCUCAGUAUAUCAUUCCACGACGAGCAGUUGCAUGGGGAUACUAUUGCAGGUUUACAAUCUGGGCCUGUAUGUUUAUCACAGCCAUAAUCAGUUUCCCACUCGCUUGGUUGCUCGACACCAUUGCUGGACAAAAGGAUCAGACGGAGAUUUUCACCAAUGAAGAGCUUGGGGGAAUAAUCAGACACCACGAGAAAUCCGAAAAGCACGGUGGUGACCUCGGUCAAGACACCAGCCGGAUCAUGCUCGGCGCCUUGAAACUUGAUUCCCGUGAGGUCGGUGGAGAAAUUGCUGCUGUUCCUGAGCCCGCCAAUGACGAGAAAGAUCUGGAGAAAGCAGAUCUUGUAGUUGUCGAUGGGAUGAUUGUCAAGUGGUCUGCUGUAAAGGCCAUUCGGAUCGAUGAGCGUGUCGAUGAAGCCUUUGUCAAGAAGAUUCGGGGCUGGUCAUAUAGCAGAAUCCCAGUCAUUGGAACUGCAGGUAAAGAGCGUGAGCACGAGCAGGCGGAUACAAUGGAGUGGACAGAGAAUACUCGAAUUCAUGGAUUCCUGCAUAUAAAGAGUCUAAUUGGGAUUGACAUCAAGUUCCCAGAGAAUCCUGAGACUCCUUUGUUGGUCAAGGACCUGGAUCUGUACCCAUUGCCGAUUGUCAGAGAAGAUAUGUCAGUAUAUGAACUUCUCAACCUGUUUCAAUCAGGGAUGUCAAGAAUGGCUCUUGUGGUGCCAAGUGACACUCUGACAUGUAGCGCUGGUGCAGUCUGGACAGUGACAGAAAGGAUCAACGAACAAACUGCUCUGAACUUAGAGGAAGCCUACAAGAAUCACCAGUGGAGCAUGGACUACCUUGUCGCUGCUAGGGCAGCUAUCGAAAAAGGAGUGGACGAGAAACUCGACAGCCCUGGAAUUAUGUCGCCCAAGCCAAUUGGUAUCGUCACUUUUGAAGACAUUAUUGACACGAUUCUUCAAAAGACAAGCCGAGAUGAAAAAGACUUCUUCGAACGAAAUACUGCUACACCACCAACCAAGACUAGAAAAGCCGGAGACUUUCCUGUUGAUAUGGAUGCACUUGCCCAUUCUCAAUCGAGCCCCCAAUGCCAAGUAAAACAGGUCUCCCACGCAUCGAAGGGGCCAUUUGAGGUAGCCAAGAAUACACUGAGAAAGCGCAAAGUUACCAACGAGGAGACCGCGUGCGCUAUUGACAGUACGGGAAGAGUCUUUAACACUCGUCAAUCUGGUCCAUGUGCGAUGGACGGAGCUUAUGAGAACAGCAGUGAAGCUCGUAGCAACGAACUCCAGGUCAAGAAAACACGUAGUGACUGUAUUGGGAGCUCAUAUACACAGAACAGUAAUGGCGGUUUUCAUGCUGGCGAGUCCAGUCAUUCUGUCGAUCGUGGCAAUAUGUUAACUGCUGAGGAUAUCGCCGAGUUAGCAUCUGCAGCUUCAUCAAACCAUCCGAAAUGCUCUUACGAAUCGAACACAAUGAGAAGUCUCCCAUCUCACAAGCAUCAUUCCAGGUCGUUAUCAGAUGAACUGAAACAGACAUUUCGUCAUGUCAGUGCCGCUCCAAAGUUACCGACACUGCGUCGACUCACUUCCUUUUCAAAAGAUACUGCUUCGAGUUUUGAAAAGCAAAGCGGCGUCGGCAAGGAUCCCGCAGAACUCGUCAUGCCAGAACCAUCAACAGCCGCAGGAUCAGGCAUGUACUACGGACGACGCGGCUUCAACCCAAAUGCGUCUGGUUAUGAUGUCGAUGAAUCGAUGGAAGAAUUUUUCGAGCGUACCACCAAUCAACACGUCCCAGAGAAAAGCGGCGAUACCUUGUCCUUGAACUCUUCGGACAAUGAGCAGGAUGGAGAGGAAGACGUAACCUGUCUAUACGAUGCUUUCCCAGUUCCAAUCACUCGUGCUUCACCGGAAGUAUCCCACGUGCACCACAGCUUGGUUCCCAUAAAGGAAGAGGCAGAGAAGACCUAUAAUGGGUUCCCCAUGGAGCUCUUGGAUGACGAUAAAGAGGAACGUACUCCCAAGUAUAUAUCAUCAACGAUGCCUCGCACCAUGGGACCAACAGACUUCGUCCGUCUCGAAAAUGCGCGUGAGAAGAGUGCUCACGAAAGAGAACAAAGCUUUCAUGAUGAUCGUGCUCUGCUGCCAAGUCAGCGCAAGUCUAUGCAACACGAUGAGGAAAGCGUUUCUGCUAUUAGAAGCACUAGCUUAUGGUUCUAA